GAUUGGACUGGUUUUAGUUUGGAUGCCGAACUAUUCCCAGGUUUAGAUGAGACGGGCAUUGCCAUUGUCAUUGGCAUUGCUUUAUUACGUAGAUGAUAGUAAAUAGAUUGAUUGGCCAUUGCCAGUAUAGGUUAUCACUAUGAUUUAUUAUAUGUAUGAUCUUUGUAUUGUACUAUGUACAAUUCAACUUAGAGUUCAACAUGUUCUGUGUAGAAUGGAGGAAGCACCAUGUGGACGCUGCAACUCACGGUGCCGGACCAGCCUUUCUACUGCCACGCUGUUCGGCAUCUACUUCCAGCCUUCUUUUGUUGUUGCAGCGGUAACAAUUUAUAUGAACCUUCUGACAGUACAUUCUUUUUUUUUGCUAUUUCCACUAAUGUAUUGUGUCUGUUAUUUGUUUUUAUCUAACACAGAUCGUACCAUGCAAUGUGAGAUUGGCAUUCGAUGAGCUCAUCGGAGACACCGUGACCUUCGACGCUCUUGGGGGCCCAUACACUAUGCAGGUCGAGAAGGGGCGAAAGAUAACCCAGAUAGGAGGAGAUGAUUGGGAUCGUUUCAUCGCCCGCAUGCGUCUUAGUGGGGGUGAAUUGAUCAGGUUCUCCUUCAGAACAGAUAGGCCCAGGAUUUCUGUUAUCUAUCUAAAUUUCAUUCCGGAUAGUGAGGAUGAAGUUCAUGAGGAGGAAGAUGGUGCUGAUUCAGAUGAUGACGAGAACCCACUUGUUGAAUACCUGUAUGCCCAAGGACUCAGACUGGGCGACGAGGAAAUCGGCAACCUCUGGGACAUGCUUCCGCUACGUGAAGACUACCUAGGGAAGCCAUUCGUGACCCGCCUCACAAGGACGAAUGUUAAACGGCAUAUCAUGCUGUGGCAUCGACCCGGACGAAGAAGGCAUGGCUGCUGGACUACGCCUUACCAGAACGGGCUCCAUCACCAGCUGUGCCUAUGCAGUGGACACGGACGGUCGCACUGUCUUGAGCAGGGCAGGGUGGAAGAAGUUCCUUUUCGUGCCAAGAAUCUUCGGGUAGGACAGGCCAUCCUACUCAGUGUUGCGAACACCCGUCGCCAUGACUUGAGGAUGAUGAUCACCAUCCACCUCAUUUAG